CAUUUUCUGCACUCGCAACAUCCCGUCACCAACCAUGGGGGCAGUUGCAUCAGGCAUUUGCAGCCCGUCUCCUGGCGCUCAGAUGCCAAGUAAAGUGCCCGUGCGAAGUUCAGUGACGGAGUGUUCCAUUGCAGGCUAUGACUUUCAGGGCCAAAAGAGUGAGGACACUGCCUCCACCAUUGCAGGAUCUGAGGGGCCGAUGCCGCGUGGGGAGUCGCCUUCGGCGUUCUCAGCGAUUUCGGAGGAUGACGAGUCCGAGAAAGACGAGGCAGAUGGCCGGGAUCUUCAAAAGACCCCAGCAGCGCCAGCUGCCGCGCCAGCCGCCGCGCCAGCCGCGGAAGCAGCGCCGCCGAUUGCGCCGGCAAAGCCUGCGCCAACGACUCCGAUCACCCUGGAGACCUUGCAGGGAGACUGGGUCAACAGCAUGGGAGCAAAGAUUUCUGUGCAGGACACGCAGGUGUCUUUGAAUGGCUUGAUCAUGAAAGCACAUCCCAUCCUUCUGAACGAUGAUGGAACUGUCAGUAGCGUGGGAAAGAUCUGGCAGUUGAAUGGUUGGUUGGAGGAUGAGAGGGUGGAGUUCAAGGAAGCUCCCAGCAAAGAGGUGAUGCACUUCGCACGUUCCGUGAUCUGGACCAAGGCCUCCUCGGAACGAAUGGAAGCCUGGACAGAGCAGAUGAAGGGCCUGGGCUAUGCAGGCUCCUCCAGCAAUCCGCUGAAGAGAGGUGUGGAGGGUUGCUGCCCCGGUACUUCGGAUGCACAUGCCAAGUUGGUUGAGGACAACGAGGACAAGGACAAGGCGGAGCUGAAACUGUUGAACGAUCUAAUUUCCAAGUGGCGCAUCGAGGGUGUGGCCAAGGUCGCUCCAAGAAAGGUCAUCCCAGACUUCAGCAAUCGCGGUCACACUGGGCUGUCCGUGGAGCAUGUGCACUACUUGGCGACCAGCUUCAAGGAGAAAGGUUUCCAAAAGCGACAGGGGAACGAAGGUCAUGACAUCCCGGUGCUGGUGCGAGAGUCACCCGAGAGCGACUUGGGUCGCAAGUCCAUUGAGAACUGGCGCUCCAAACUGGAAGAUGAGAAGGGCUUUGCACCCCAGGCACAUUAUGAGCGCCUCUUCCGGCAGAAGGAGCUGUACACUUCCCUUGGCAACGGUCACUUCAACCAGGCGCUGAAUCUCUUCUUCACAGAGAGCCCCAGCAUUUACAGCGACCAGAAGUACAGCAUCAACAACGAUCGCGACCUAAAGGAGGCGGUCUACCAGGGGGUUGGCAGCAUCGUUCUGAAGGGCGAGAUUCCGCUGCGGGAUCGCGAGACCAUCAGUAAGCUGCUAAACUCCAAGCGUGAGUUUAAGGGGAACGUGAACAGUGACGGCAGCCUGAACAUUACGGAUGCCUAUGAAGAUACUACGACCUGCAAGCAGUUCGAGGCCAUGAGCAAAGUCCUUGAUGCAGUAGAGCUAAACUGUCUGGUGAGAUCCGAGUUGGGCGUCAAAGACAGCCAUCGGAUGGGGCAGUGAUGCCACGGGCCAUGGUCGAGCCAGCAACGCCCUAAGGUGUUGACAUUGCGAGGGUUGGGCACCAUGAUGGCACCAAAGAUUUUC